UAAUUUUGCAAACACCGCUACACUUCCUGUUCGAAUUGUCAUCAGAGGCGAACCACAGAAGCUAAACAAUUGUUUCAGCUUUUGGACAACAAUUAUUAAUGUAGCAUAAAUACUGUUCAACAAUAAUGAUUCCGUACACGGUCAACAUCAAACUCGCGGCUCGGACGUUGACUGGCACUCUAAAUUUGCAGAAUAAAACCGCUGUAGAUUGGGGUUGGCAAGGGCUGAUAGCUCAGGGAUGUCACUCCAGUAUUCUCAUCAUCGAUCCAAAGACGUCUCAGACCAUCCAGGUGUUGGAGAGGCACAAAGCCAACGUGGUUAAGGUGAGGUGGUCGAGGGAAAACUACUACCACAACUUGAGCUCUCCCUACUGUCUGCGGCUGGCUUCGGGAGACGCCUCGGGGAAGAUCAUAGUGUGGGAUGUGGUCAGCGGCACCGCCCAUUGUGAGAUCCAGGAGCACUCCAAACCUAUCCAGGACCUGGAGUGGCUGUGGACUCAGGAUGCGUCUCGCGAUCUGCUGUUGGCCAUCCACCCGCCCAACUACAUCGUCCUGUGGAACGGAGACACGGGCACCAAGCUGUGGAAGAAGAGCUACGCUGAGAACAUCCUCUCCUUUUCUUUCGACCCCUUUGACUCCUCCAACAUGGCGUUGCUGACCAGCGAAGGAAUAGUCUUCAUCACAGACUUUUCCCACUCCAAACCACCGGGCAACGCCGGCAAAAAGGUCUACAUCGCCAGCCCCCACGCAAGCCCCGCCCACACCAAGCCUGCCCCCGCCGCCGCCGCCCCGGCCCCUACCGGCGCCAAGAAGGCCCUCAACAAGGUCAAAGUGCUCAUCACCAAUGAAAAGCCCACUGCGGAGGCGGUGACGUUGAACGACUGCCUGCAGCUGUCCUACCUGCCGUCCAAGAGGAACCACAUGCUGCUGCUUUACCCCAGAGAGAUCCUCAUCCUGGACCUGGAGCUCAGCCAGACGGUGGGCGUGGUGGCCAUCGAGCGCUCCGGCGUGCCCUUCGUUCAGGUGAUCCCCUGCGCCCAGCGGGAUGCCCUCUACUGUCUCCAUGAGAACGGGUGCAUCACCCUCCGAGUGUGUCGCUCCACCACCACUGCAGAGGAAGCGGCAGACCCCGAGCAGAAUGUGUACGAGCUCAUGUACGACCUGCGUUCUCAGUGCGAUGCCAUCCGAGUCACCAAGACAGUCCGGCCGUAUCGCAUGGUUAUCUGUCCCGUCAACGAAAACAACGCUGCGCUAAUGGUCAGCGACGGCAGAGCCAUGCUGUGGGAGCUCAAAGCCCACACCGGCAAGGCUGCCGUCAAUCCCAGUUCCGGCCUGACGCCGCUCUACACCCCCGUGUCAUUUUGUGGAGCUCCGCUGGGUCCAAACCAGAAAAGGAUUCAGGAUCUCUCUCUCAACAGCAUGAUCGGUCAGACCUUGAUAGCCGGUGAGGCUCUUUCUCCAUCAUCCAACCAGCAGGAGGUCCAGUUGAAGUUCCUGCUGACGGGCCUGCUGUCCGGUCUGCCUCUGCCACCGUUCGCCCUCCGCAUGUGUCCACCUCUUACCACCAAAAACAUCAACCACUACCAACCCCUGCUGGCUAUAGGCACCAGCAAUGGGUCUGUACUGGUCUAUAACCUGACCAGUGGUCUUCUCCACAAAGAGCUCAGUGUGCACUCCUGUGAAGUCAGGGGAAUUGAAUGGGUGAGUCUUACCAGUUUCUUAUCGUUUGCCACUUCUGCUCCCAACAACAUGGGCCUGGUGCGAAAUGAACUGCAGCAUGUUGACCUGCCUACUGGAAGAUGCUUUGCAUUUAGAGGCGAGCGAGGAAACGAUGAGCCACCCAUUGAGAUGAUUAAAGUGUCUCAUCUCAAACAGUACCUGGUGGUGGUGUUCAGAGACAAACCCCUGGAGCUGUGGGACACCAGGACCGGGACACUUCUCCGGGAGAUGGCGAAGAACUUCCCCACCGUUACUGCAUUGGAGUGGUCCCCGUCCCACAACCUGAAGAGUCUGAAGAAGAAGCAGAUGGCAGCGAGGGAGGCCAUAGCUCGGCAGACGGUGUCGGACCCAGAGCAGAGUAGUGUUGAAUCGUCAGUCAUCAGUCUGCUGCAGGAUGCAGAGAGCAAGUCAGAGACCAGCCAAGCCAUCUCAGCCAGGGAGCAUUUUGUAUUCACUGACACCGACGGGCAGGUCUACCACAUCACCGUGGAGGGCAACACUGUCAAAGAUGGCGCACGCAUUCCCCCUGAUGGCAGUAUGGGUAGUAUCGCCUGCAUCGCGUGGAAAGGCGACACCCUGGUGCUCGGGGACGUGGACGGCAAUCUCAACUUCUGGGACCUGAAAGCUCGUUUGUCCAGGGGAAUACCAACACAUCGUGGCUGGGUGAAGAAGAUCCGCUUCGCUCCGGGUAAGGGCAACCAAAAGCUGCUGGUGAUGUACACCGAUGGAGCGGAGGUCUGGGACACCAAAGAGGUCCAAAUGGUGAGCAGCAUGCGGAUUGGGCGCAACGUGAACUACCGCAUCUUAGACAUUGACUGGUGCACGUCGGACAAGGUGGUGCUGGCCUCCGACGACGGCUGUAUCCGAGUGCUGGAGAUGGCCAUGAAGUCCGCCAGCUACCGCAUGGACGAACAAGACCUGACCGAUCCAGUGUGGUGUCCUUACCUGCUGCUUCCCCGAGCUGCCCUGACUCUCAAGGCUUUCCUCCUGCUGCAGCCCUGGUCAGGAACCUUCACCAUGGACAUCACUCAAGUAGACUACAAUGAGAAAGGCGAGAUAAAAGGGCUGAUCCAGGAGCAGCUCAACUCCCUGUCUAAUGACAUGAAGAGUGUGCUACAGGACCCGGAGCUCAGCCUGCUGCAGCGCUGCCUCCUGGUCUCACGGCUGUUCGGAGAUGAGUCUGAUCUUCACUUCUGGACAGUGGCGUCCCACUACCUCCAGUCGUUUGCCAAGGCUCGUCAGCUGAGUGUGUCCACUGCAGAGGGCCAGGCCCAAAGUGAAGGAACCCAGCCGUCACCUCGCUGCCACCUGGACAUCUGCCAUGACGUCCUGUGUGAGAGCGCUUACUUUCAGAAGUUCCAGUUGGAUCGGGUUCACCUGCAGGAGAUGAAGCGCUCCAGUUAUGAACACACUAAGAAAUGUGCCGACCAGCUCCUCCUGCUGGGUCAGACGGACCGGGCAGUGCAGUUACUGUUGGAGACGAGCGCAGACAACACCAGCUACUACUGCGAUUCGCUGAAGGCCUGCCUCGUGACCACCAUCACCUCCUCAGGCCCCUCGCAGUCCACCAUCAAGCUCGUGGCCACCAACAUGAUCGCCAACGGCAAGCUGGCAGAGGGAGUACAGCUGCUGUGUUUGAUUGACAAGGCAGCGGAUGCUUGCCGCUACUUGCAGACUUACGGGGAGUGGAACCGCGCCGCCUGGCUGGCUAAGGUGCGUCUGAGCCCAGCGGAGAGCUCCGAUGUGCUGAAGCGCUGGGCAGAGCACCUGUGCUCCUCGCAGGUCAACCAGAAGUCCAAAGCCAUCCUGGUGCUGCUUUCCCUGGGCUGCUUUUACAAAGUGGCAGAGAUGCUCCACAACACGAGGCACUUUGAUCGCGCCGCCCUCUUCAUCGAAGCCUGUCUGCAGCACGGCGUGAUGGAGGCCAACGACUCGUCCAAUAAACUUAUCAAGGCAUCGUUUUUGGAGUACGCCCGGCUGCUGCGCUCGCUGGGCCUGCGGGAGGGCGCCGCUCUGUUGGCGUCACGGGCCGGCAGCGCUGGGGAGCAGCUGAUGGAGGAGCUGUUCCAGGGGGAGGGAAGCGCGUCAGAAGCCGCUCUUGGCGAACAGGACGCCGAGCUGGUCCAGGAGAGCGCCGAGUGACCUCGGAUGACAUACUCUUUGGUGCAAGUCCAGGGUCGGCCACUCAUUCUAACUUCAACAAGCCUGGCCGUUGUCAACUCACUUUGGCGUCGGGCAUCCGGAGGGGGUCGCGAUGAUCAUCCCCACAUCAAGACGAGAUAUGAGGAGGUUCCUCCGUGUGAAGCUGUCAGUCCGUCACUGGAGUCUGCCUGUGUCUGUGACCAUAACGACAUUUCUAAAUGUUUGGUAUGACCAGUGUGUGUGUUUGUGCUCAUGUGUGUGUGCAUGUAACAGCCCCAAAAUAAACACACCUCUGUCCUGAUUCCCCAAACAAGUGAAGUAAUACACAUCGCUGACAUCAGGUCAGUGUUUUUGUUGCUUCAUUCGAUUUUUUUAAAUUGUUGCUUGUUAAGCUUUAUUUUGUGUGCCUGUAUGAAUAUCUUCAAAGUACUGUUGUAGCUCUACAGGUUUAAUUUGCCUUUUUUGCUACUGAGAUGACAUAAUUCAUUCAUCCCAAAAAUAAUCAUUUUGAAAACGCAUUGCCCGUAAACAAGGCCCCCCCCCACCUCUACUCCAUGCAUACUUAAUGACCGAAUUCCAAAAUGAGUCUUGAGCACUGCUGAUUCAACCAAAAACACCACAUUAGUUGAGGGAUAACUUGCAAUAGAGACACAAUAUUGUUGAGACAGACACCUAACAGACUGGGCAUUAUGGCCACAGCUGGUGGUGCUGCCUAAUUGAGUGACCAAAGCCCGCCCCUGCAGCUGUAGCUGUUGGAUGGCAGUAAAGUUAUUUAGCCAGGCCGCCACGUGCUUAUCAGUCACUUAUUAGUACAUUAUCUCCCUGAACACAGAGGGGAGAGGUAUCAGACCGCUGCCACCUGAGUGAUGCCAUUUAAUUAGUUUGUGUCGGGUUCAGUUCAGUUGAAUAGAUGCCGGUUAAUCCAUUCCAUUAAUCCAAAUGGAAUUUUUCCAUUUCUUACUUUUAUGAAGACUCGAAGGGUUACUUUGCUAUCUGUGUUCUUUGAUGUUUGUAUAAUGAGCUUGUUCUCUGGCGGGCGUAUUACAAGAAGAGCUGUCAAAGUGUGUUGUAACUCGUUUUAAUCCGACCUCCGAUGGAUCAUUUACACACCAACAAUAAUCUGUGCUGCUCCCGCUGUGGCUCAUCACAAAAGCCUGACAAGCACGCAGUUUGAGUAAUAGUUGAGACUUGCUGCCAUACCUCCUCCGCUCUGCUUUCGACUCGUGAUUUUCAUGGUAAAUAUCUACUGAUCAUCAUAAACCAAUCUGUGUGACGAUGCAAAGACUUUAGUGAUUGGGUGUUUGAUUGCCUCGUAACGUGUUUGGUUGUCCUGAACUCAGACCUCUUUCCGUGUGGUAUUGUGUUUCAUAAACACAUCAGUGCUGUUUCCCUUGUGUUACACUUCACCCCCAGGCGGUAUCACUAUGGCAACCCUGGCCUAUUUUAGGGGGGGACUACAUGUUGUUCCUAUAGAUCCAUUUCACAUCCACGAACACACUGUAGCAUGUCACAGCGAGCCAGCGGUUAGAAUCAAUCAACCCAUCAGAUGAUCCGCUGUAGUCCACCUGAUGCUUUGUAUCUUCCUGCGAUCACCUCGUGCUGUGUCGAGAUAGCAACAUGUGCUGUUCUGGGGUGUGAUUCACACCCGCUGCUCUUCUUUCUACUGUAGUGUAUGUGUUCAUUGUUUGUACAGUGAUACCAGUGCUUGAAACUCUAUAAAUAUUCCAUGAGAGAGGAAAAAAAAAAAAGAGAUGUAUGUAUAUAUGGAUGGCAAUAAAAAUCAAUAUUAUUCACUUUA